AUGAGUCUUGAAGGAGGUCUGAAGGGAAUCCACAGUGCUGGCCAGAGAGAAGCUGUGGUCGCCGAACGGACGCCGGACGUUCGCCGGAACGAGAAGCUGUCAGUCCAAUGUCACCCGCCAGCCAAGCGGGGUGAUCAGCAGCUCUCUCAACCCCUCACUGCACCACACCACACCUCGUCCAUAUUAAUCGCUAUUAAGGCACCCCAGCUGAGAAUCAUGGCGCACUCCCACUCGCACUCCCACGACAAUAUCGCCGACCAUGGCCACUCGCACGAGAUCCUCGACGGCCCGGGCUCGUACAUCAACCGCGAACAGCCGCUGUACGAGGGCCGUGACUGGCGAGACCGGGCCUUCACAAUUGGAAUCGGAGGCCCCGUCGGGUCAGGAAAGACGGCUCUCAUGCUAGCUCUCUGCCGCGCCCUUCGCGAGGAAUACAACAUUGCGGCCGUCACAAACGACAUCUUCACCCGAGAAGACGCCGAGUUCCUCACCCGCAACAAAGCCCUCUCGCCCGAGCGCAUCCGCGCCAUUGAAACAGGCGGCUGCCCGCACGCCGCCGUCCGCGAAGACAUCAGCGCCAACCUCCUCGCCCUGCAGAACCUCCACCGCCAGUUCCAAACAGACCUCCUCCUCAUCGAGUCCGGCGGCGACAACCUUGCCGCAAACUACUCGCGCGAGCUCGCCGACUUCAUCAUCUACGUUAUUGAUGUCGCGGGCGGCGACAAGGUGCCCCGCAAGGGCGGGCCCGGUAUUACAGGCUCCGACCUGCUGGUUGUGAACAAGAUUGAUCUUGCGGAGGCCGUGGGUGCGGAUAUCUCGGUGAUGGAGCGGGAUGCGGCGAAGAUGCGCGAGGGCGGGCCUACGGUCUUUGCGGUUGUGAAGAGGGAUGAGGGCGUUGACCAUAUAGCCAACCUGGUUCUCAGUGCGUGGAAGGCUAGCGGUGCAUAUGAGCUUAGUCUGCAGCGGUGGAAGAAUGGGGGGCAGAGGGGAUCUGGAAGUGUCGAUGCUUAG